AUUUGUAUGCUGCAGAGUGUGAUUCACGAAAUAUUUGGAACAACAAAAACACAAAAAAAACGAGGUUUUGGCACCCUGAAGAAGAACUACCCCGAGAGAGUAGUGUGUAUGUAUUUGAUGAGUUUUGUUCUCUCUCACUUCUUUCCGUGAAAACCCUAGCUACCAUCGCUGAUUCUCCGCGAUCAGGUGUAUUGUAGCUGACUGAGAUAUGGCAAUUAUUUAACUUUUUUAUUUUUAUUUUUGUUUUUAUUUUAUAUAAGUUAGUGUGCUUCAUGUAUCCGAAACAGUCUGGCCAAGAUGGCUCUGUUUCUGGUCCUGUGCGAACUAGUGAUAGGAUCAGGACAAGACCAAACAUUUAUGGCCGACCAUUCAUGUAUUACAACACAAAUCUUAGGCGGCGGAAGAAAAGCAAGAAUAAGUCUAGGACAGCAGCUUCGAUUGCCAAGAUGCUGCGUCCAGGGAGCCGGAAGGCACAGGAUUCAAAUGCCAAUUCUGGCUCUAGUAACCUUCGACGUUCAACUAGAAAGAGAAGGCUUAAUGUAAAUCUCGAAGGCUUUGCAACAGACAGCUCUGGAGCUGAGGAUGAAGACUUAAUGAGGCCUACGUAUCGACCACCAUUGAGAAAUCGGAUCAAUAAUAGCAUCAACCAGGAAGAGUUGAUGUCUAAGCACAAAAGAGCAGUGUCUACUAAAUCAGCACCUAGACGUGAAGGUCUACGGCCUCGUCGUUCUAAGGCUGUGGCAAGAGAACAAGUAAUUUCAGAAUCAGAUGAUGGGCAAGACUUUUCAGAAGGCAAGGCAGAACAGGGUGAAACAGAAAAUGGAAAUGGUGAGGAAAAUGAUGCAGAUGAUGGUCAGAAUGAUAUUGAAGGAGAUGCUGAGGUGGAAGACGAAGGUGAGGAUGAUGAAGAUGGUGAUGAUGAAGAGGGUGAAGAAGAAGAAGAAGAAGAAGAGGAAGAAGAAGAAGAGGAAGAAGAGCAGGAUGGAAGAAGGCGCUAUGAUCUUAGAAAUCGUUCUGAUGUCCGUAGGUUUUCUAUGGAAGAGGGGAAGACCCAACCAAGAUCUCCUCGAAGAGUGUUACAUCAAGGUAUGGGAAAUAAGGUUAGCAGGGAUGUCAGGAAGGGUGGAUCACGAGUUCAUAAACGGCAUCGCCUAGCAAGGGCUGAAGACUCUGAUGACUCCCUUCUUGUGGAUGAGCUGGACCAAGGGCCUGCCAUUCCAUGGGGUCGAGGUGGCAACAGAUCUGGGCCCCCCUGGCUCUUUGGGGGCUUAGAUACGCAUGGAACAACAGCAUGGGGAUUAAACCUUGCUGCAUCGGGUUGGGCCCAUCAGAGUGAUGCUUUGGCUACCUUGACAACUGGGAUUCAAACUGCUGGACCAAGCUCUAAGGGAGGGGCAGAUAUCCAGCCCUUACAGGUGGAUGAUACUGUUAGUUUUGAGGAUAUAGGUGGGCUCUCUGAAUACAUUGAUGCUCUUAAAGAAAUGGUUUUCUUUCCAUUAUUGUAUCCAGAUUUCUUUGCUAGUUACCAUAUUACUCCUCCUAGAGGGGUGUUGCUAUGUGGUCCCCCGGGAACUGGGAAAACAUUAAUUGCAAGAGCAUUGGCUUGUGCUGCUUCAAAAGCCGGCCAGAAGGUUAGCUUUUACAUGCGCAAAGGAGCGGAUGUGCUAAGCAAGUGGGUUGGUGAGGCUGAGAGACAAUUGAAGCUACUCUUUGAAGAAGCACAAAGGAAUCAACCUUCUAUCAUCUUCUUUGAUGAAAUAGAUGGACUUGCACCUGUGAGGUCUAGCAAGCAAGAACAAAUUCACAAUUCCAUUGUGUCCACUUUGCUUGCUUUGAUGGAUGGUCUUGAUUCUCGUGGACAAGUUGUUUUAAUUGGAGCUACCAAUAGGAUUGACGCUAUUGAUGGAGCUUUACGGCGCCCUGGUAGAUUUGAUCGUGAAUUUAAUUUUCCUUUGCCUGGUUGUGAGGCACGUGCCGAAAUAUUAGAUAUUCAUACUCGCAAGUGGAAGCAUCCACCUUCAAAGGAUCUGAAAAGGGAACUUGCAGCUAGUUGUGUAGGUUACUGUGGUGCUGAUCUAAAGGCUCUAUGUACUGAAGCUGCCAUUCGUGCUUUCCGUGAAAAAUACCCACAGGUUUAUACAAGUGAUGACAAAUUUCUUAUAGACGUGGAUUCGGUCAAGGUAGAAAAGUAUCAUUUUGUUGAUGCAAUGUCUACAAUUACCCCUGCUGCUCACAGGGGAGCUAUAGUGCACUCUAGGCCAUUAUCUCUUGUAGUUCAACCGUGUCUUCAGAGACAUCUAGAAAGGGUCAUGAGUAUUAUAUCUGAUAUUUUCCCCCCAGUUUCUGUUGCAUCAGAACUGACUAAAUUUUCAAUGCUUUCCUAUGGGUCUGCAAUUCCACUUGUUUAUCGACCUAGACUCCUACUUUGUGGUGGUGAAGGUACUGGGCUGGAUCAUCUUGGGCCUGCGGUUUUACAUGAACUGGAAAAAUUUCCUGUACAUUCAUUAGGACUUCCAUCUCUGCUGUCAGAUCCUAGUGCUAAGACACCAGAGGAGGCAUUGGUACACAUAUUUGGCGAAGCUAGAAGAACCACACCAUCAAUUCUCUAUUUACCACAAUUUGAUGUUUGGUGGGAAACUGCUCAUGAACAACUCAGAGCUGUUCUCCUGACUUUGCUAGAUGAAUUGCCAUCUGACAUGCCUAUCCUUCUACUGGGAACAUCCUCAGUUGUGCUUGCUGAAGUUGAAGAUGUACCACAUUCAGUUUUCCCUCAUCGCUCAGUCUAUGAAGUGAACAUGCCAUCUACUGAGGAUAGGACCCUGUUUUUCAAUCGUUUAAUUGAAGCUGCUAUGUCAGUCUUGUUAGAAAGAAUGAGUGAGAAAUCCGAUAAUAAAGGACACCUUCCUGAACUUCCCAAGGCACCAAAGUUGGCCACUGGUCCUAAGGUAUCUGAGCUAAAAGCAAAGGUAGAAGCUGAGCAACAUGCACUUCGCAGAUUGCGAAUGUGCCUAAGAGAUGUUUGCAAUCGGAUAUUGUAUGACAAACGAUUUAAUGCCUUCCAUUAUCCAGUCUCUGAUGAAGACGCACCUAAUUAUCGAAUAGAUAUGGCAACUUUGCUGCAUUAUGUUGAUAAUGGCCAUUAUAUCACAUGUGCAGCAUUCAUGCAGGAUAUUGAUCUUAUUGUUUCCAAUGCAAAGGCUUACAAUGGAGAGGACUACAAUGGUGCUAGAAUUGUCAGCAGAGCCUGUGAGCUGCGUGAUGCGGUGCAAGGGAUGAUCUCACAGAUGGAUCCAGCACUGGUUGCAUACUGUGACAAGAUUGCUAGCCAAGGAGGUCCAGCCCAGUUGCCUGAUGAAUUAGGGGUAUCCACUUUCCCUGCAACUCCUGUUGUACAGCUGAGUGCUGCUACUAGAACAAGUGCUCGACUUCGUCAUGUCCAACCGGAGGUUAAUGUGGAUCAGAGUUAUGAAGCACUGAAGCGGACAAAGAAGACAGUUGAUAUUGCACAUCCAGUGGCGGAGGAGAAGUCUCCAGAAGAUUCUUUACCAUCUAAGCCUCCCCCGGAGCAUCAGACAAAUGAAAUGGAUUCUGAAAUGGUAGAACCUGUGACGAUCGAUGGAAAUUCACAUGGAACUUCUACGAGUAGCCAAGAUGAUGGUGGCAGAAAUCUUGAGGAUGUCACAAUGGUGGAUGGUGAAUUUUCAGGAAAAGUGGAGUCUUUAAAGGAACAAUUUGUUAAGCGCAGUGACAAUUGCAGCGUUCCACAACUUGAAAGGCUUUACACAAGGAUUAUGAAGGGUGUGUUUGAAAGCAGAGAUAAAGGUGAUGAUGUUAAGGCUUCGGUUUUGAAGUUUUUGUCGAAAUUUGUAGAGGAUGAUGCAAAUUUCUGACAGAUGGGUUUUCCUUUCCCCAUCAGUGAAAAAGAAAGGAAAGAUUUUACUGUAAAGUCGGGAUUUUUCUUUUCAAUUAAUUUAAAUGUUAUUUGAUUGAGUACAA